CCGUCCGAAUUGGUUCUUUAUCGCUUCAAAAAAACUUGCUCUUGUGAAAAUAUACUUUUUUUUUGGGUUUAACUUUAAAGAAGAUAAUAUGGCCCGUACUAAACAGACUGCCCGUAAGUCGACAGGAGGAAAGGCUCCCCGAAAGCAGCUGGCCACCAAGGCUGCCCGCAAAGCGACGCCGUCCACUGGAGGAGUGAAGAAGCCCCAUCGCUAUCGUCCCGGAACCGUGGCUCUUCGUGAGAUCCGUCGUUACCAGAAGUCCACCGAGUUGCUCAUCCGCAAGCUCCCCUUCCAGCGACUGGUCCGUGAAAUCGCCCAGGAUUACAGGGGCGAUCUGCGUUUCCAGUCGGCGGCCAUUGGAGCGCUUCAGGAAGCGUCUGAGGCGUACCUGGUGAGCCUCUUCGAAGAUACUAACCUGUGCGCCAUCCACGCCAAGCGCGUAACCAUUAUGCCCAAGGACAUCCAGUUGGCGCGCCGCAUCCGAGGCGAGCGUGCUUGAGAUGGAUCAUCCCGAGGAGCUGCAAAAGAACCAAUCCCUGUCGUCCAUCCCCGAACAGACCAUCCUGAUAUAAGUUUUACUGAGGGAAAGGAGCCUGAGGAAGAGCACCAGCGACACUUUGGUCCAAACUAUCAUUCACAUUAACAUUUUUCAUCCUUUUGUUGGUCAAUCGGAUCGUCUGAACACAACAUCUUAGAAUAUUUGUAAUUCUUAUUAUUACUAUUACAAUACAAUAUGCCUUAGCCAAACGACUUUUAUA